CCUGCGGCACCUCCCGCGCGGCCCCGGCCCCGCUGGCACCGAGUCUGAGGGCCCGGUACCGAGGCGGGCUGAGGGAGGCACCGCGUCGCGGCACGGGCCGCGGGGUGUGAGCGCGUCGUGCGGGGGCGGGCUCGUCCCGGCCGUGCGGGCGCAGCGGGCGGGGAGCGAGCAGAGGUCUGUCCCAGGGGCGGGACGGCGCCCAGGCUGGGCUCCAGUGUUUCCGCAGUGACAUCAGAGAAGCUCACGUUUACAGACGUGGUCUGUCGAGCAUUCUGGUAACUCUUUCAAAGCUGUCGCGGUAGCUGAAUGUUGAGCGCGAACGUUCCCUGCUCCUUCGUCUUAUGCCCAAAGUUUCAGAGCUUGGGCCAGGAGGAGGAGGAAGACAGGAAGAAACUCUGUGUGUCCUCCUCCAGCUGGUUCUGCUCUGGCAGAGGGAUUGGACUAGAUGAUCUUUCGAGGUCCCGUCCAACCCUGAAGAUUCUGUGAUUUUGAGACUCUGUCAGCAAAUAGCUGUGCCGUUAGUUGUGCAUCCACUCCUGUACCCAGAUGCUUCACACUGAUAAGAUUGCACAGCUUGGAAUUCUACACUGUCAUCCGAAUUCAACAUUGGCUACCUUUACUCUAGCCCCUGCAAGAUGCCAGCAGCCCUUGCAGAGAACAGCCAGGUUAUCUGUGAAGUAUGGGCGAACAAUCUGGAAGAAGAGAUGAGGAAAAUUCGAGAGAUUGUUCUGAGUUACAGCUACAUUGCAAUGGACACAGAGUUUCCUGGAGUAGUUGUGAGGCCCAUUGGUGAAUUCCGCAGCUCCAUCGACUAUCAGUACCAGCUCCUUCGCUGUAACGUUGACCUGCUCAAAAUUAUCCAGCUGGGCCUGACGUUCACGAAUGAGAAAGGAGAAUAUCCUUCAGGCAUCAACACCUGGCAGUUUAACUUCAAAUUCAACCUCACGGAGGACAUGUACUCUCAGGAUUCCAUAGACCUCCUUGCCAGCUCUGGGCUGCAGUUCCAGAAGCAUGAAGAAGAAGGGAUUGAUACCCUGCACUUUGCCGAGUUGCUCAUGACAUCUGGGGUGGUCCUCAGUGACAGUGUGAAGUGGCUGUCCUUCCACAGUGGUUAUGACUUUGGCUACAUGGUGAAGUUGUUGACGGAUUCCAGGUUACCAGAAGAGGAACAUGAAUUUUUCCAUAUCUUGAAUCUUUUCUUCCCAUCCAUCUAUGAUGUAAAGUACUUAAUGAAGAGCUGCAAAAACCUCAAGGGUGGCCUUCAAGAAGUGGCAGAUCAGCUGGAUUUGCAGCGAAUUGGCCGACAACACCAGGCAGGGUCGGACUCUCUGCUCACAGGAAUGGCAUUCUUCAGAAUGAAAGAGUUGUUUUUUGAGGAUACGAUUGAUGAUGCGAAGUAUUGUGGGCGGCUCUAUGGCCUUGGCACAGGAGUGGCUCAGAAACAAAACGAAGAUGUGGACUCAGCCCAAGAGAAAAUGAGCAUUUUGGCUAUUAUCAACAACAUGCAGCCGUGAUAAGUGCUACCCCCUCAGCAGACCGUGGUUACCAUAUUGGCAGCUACCAUCCUCAACCAUUUUCCCCUAAGUGUCUCAGACAAAAGGCAUCUCCAGUACACAGCCUGCAGAAUGACUGCAGUUUUGCUGAAGAGUGGACUGAAUUCCUAAUGCUAGCAUUUGUGCUUUGCCAUCUUUUUAAUACCAAGGACAAAAGACAGAACCCACUGUGUAUACCUCUGUUUUUUUCUCUUUAUACAGUACAGAAUCUGCAAGGAAGACUUAAUGGUAGAACAUGAGGUAGAGCUAAGGGUCUGGAAAUCCAGUGAGAAUGGACACAGACACGCACACAAAUUUGCAAACUGUGCUUUAUAAAGCUUAUUUUAAAACUUCUGCAUGUUGUGAGGGUGACUGCUUCACCUCAUGGUUUGCUUCUUUUUAUCUUGGUGUAGUCUGUGGAAAUCGCUCCCUUUGAUCACUGCAGAGGUUUGGGAAUGGGCGACAUUAAAAACGAUCCUUGCAGCUGA